GCUUGCUAGCCGAAGCACAGGGAACCAACAGUGCUUAUAAUUUUGGGCAGGCUACACCUUGCGCAGUAAAGCGCACUUUUUUUGUCCGGGGGUUAUUUUGAAUUUCGGAGGGGACUGUCAUCCAGGACGGAUUGGAUACAAAUUAGUGAACGUGCUCUGCCUAAUGUGAGAUUUUCGUCCACCACUUGAAACAAGAACAAAAGCAAUGGGAUCAUUUCGAGUGAUAAUAGGGAUUUUACAUUAUAUGGGACUCUAUAGUCAAUUUAACGCUGCUUCCAAACCGGCUGUGCCUGCCGAGGUGGACAAUCAUAUAUCUGGAAAUGCUGUCUUCACGGAGGUUCCUCAUGACAUCACGACGCAGAGCGGUCAGGACGUGGAGAUGGCCUGUUCGUUCCGGGGGGCGGGCCCCUCCUACUCCUUGGAGAUCCAGUGGUGGUACAUGAAGAACCACAGAGACUGGCCAGAGAAACCCACCUGGACCACCAAUCAGGUGGUUCCCAUGGAGAUGUCUAAAGAUGCUGCCAAAAUAAGUGUGGUAAAAGUGGCCGGGAGCAACAUCUCCCACAAGCUUCGCCUCUCCAGCAUCAAGCGGUCGGACGAGGGCACGUACGAGUGCCGUGUCAUUGACUUCAGCGGCAGCGUGGCGCAACACCACCGCGUCCGGGCCUACCUGCAGGUGGAGGCUGAACGAAGCCUGGGCCACAUCUCGGCAGACACCCUGCCUCAGGAGCCUCGGCACAGGGGACAGGGGAGCCAGGCGGACCUACACCAAACAGAGGGCCGGGAACUGAAGAGGCGUUCGGCCGAUGACAGCACCACGGACUGCACUGAGAGCUGUGUGCUCUAGAGGUUAUUGUGUCCAGAUUGGAAGAACAGGAGUGCAUGUUCCCGAUUAUCAUAAAAAGGAUGAUUGUUUUAACACCCACAGAGAGGCCUGGACAAAAACAGGACUCUUUCUGCUUAAUUUAUAUGUUCAUUUAUGAAUCGAUUUGUUUGGCUUGUUUGUUUGUCUUAUAUUUCUUUAUGAUUGUUUGGAUUAGGAUUGUCAAAGACCACCAGGGGGCAUGAUCGUACGCUAUCUUGGUUCUCAAUGUAAUGCUAUUUCUCGUCGCUUUCGUUAAAGCCCCAGUGCAGUCAAAAACGUGUUUUCCUGUGUUUUAUAUAUAUUUCCACACCAUGAGGUUUGAUUAAUACUGUGAAA